AUGAGCCUCCUGACUGCGUUGGUCGCUCGAGACGACACGAUCCUCGCCGCCCACUCUACCGCCGGCGAGCAGUACUUCUCUGCGUGCCAGACCAUCCUCAGCAAGAUCCCGCCAAACGACUCGAAGCUCACCUAUGCCGCCGACCAGAUCCUCAUCCACUACGUCAAGCGAGACGGCGUCACUGCACUCGUCGUCGCCGAGGACACGGCCGGCCGGCGGGUCCCCUUCUCGUUCCUCGCCGAGCUGCAUCGCAAGUUCGUCGCCGCCUACCCGAUGGGCGAGAUCGCCGGCGCGCCCGCCUACGGCAUGAACGCGUUCGAGCCGCACAUCUCGUCGCUCAUGGUCCAGUACGAGGAGAACCCGCCGCAGGACGCCAUCAAGCAGGCCCAGGCCGAGCUCGCCGCGACCAAGGACGUCAUGGUGCAGAGCAUCGACGCCGUCCUGUCGCGCGGCGAGCGCAUCGAGAUCCUCGUCGACCGCACCGACGACUUGAGCUCGCAGGCGAGGGCGUUCCGGAAGAGGGCCACCGUCCUGCGCCGCAAGAUGUGGUACCGCAACGCCAAGACACUCUUUGCCGUCGGCUUCUCGGGCGUCCUCCUCCUGUACCUUCUCGUCGCCUCGGCGUGCGGCGCAGGGCUCAACCACUGUCGCUCGUAG